AUGGGCCAAACCGCCUGGAAUGGGACCGGUACCUUCGAGUUCAUGCUGGUGGGGCUGUGGGCGCGGCCGCCCCUACGCCCCUUGCUGUGGACGACUUUCCUGGCGGCCUAUCUGGCCACAGUCCUGGGCAAUGGCGCGCUGGUGGGACUGAUAGCACUGGACCAGCGGCUCCACCGGCCCAUGUACCGCCUGCUGACCCACCUGGCGCUGCUGGACACUGCGUACGUGAGCACCACGCUGCCACAGGCGCUGGCGCACAUGGUUGCACGCAGGUCCACCCUCUCCCUGGCGCGUUGCGGUGCGCAGCUGUACGUGGGUAUCUCGCUGGGCAGCUGUGAGGCUAUCCUCCUGGCCGCAAUGGCCCUAGAUCGCUGCCUGGCCGUGUGCCAGCCCCUGCGCUACGCGGCUAUUAUGACACCCAAGUGCUGCGCCACCUUGGCCAGUGCCGCGUGGGCGUUGGGUUUUCUGUUGUCCAUGCCCAACGCCGUGGCUGCAUUGCGUCUGCCCUUCUGCCCUGGGAGGCCCCCAGUGAACCACUUCUUCUGCGAGCUGCCUGCGGUGCUGAGGACAGCGUGCGCAGACACCACGGCCAACCAGAUGCUGGUCUAUGGCUUGGGCACUCCUAUCCUUCUGGUGCCUUUGGCCUUCAUCCUUGUGUCCUAUGCCCUGAUCCUGGGCCAGGUGGGCAAGCUUCCGUCAGCCAAGAGCCGCCUCAAGGCACUGACCACCUGCAGCUCACACCUGACCGUGGUGGGUCUCUUCUAUGGCACCGUGACCGCCAUGUACCUGGGCCGCCGGGGCUCCAGAGCCCUCCCCACCAAACAUCACAAGCUGGUGGCUGUGUUCUACCUUGUGGUCACACCCGUCCUGAAUCCACUCAUCUACAGCCUCCGAAAUCGCGAGGUCCAUGCUGCAGCCCGAUAUGCGCUGGCCCGGCUCUCAGGAUCGCGCAUUGUGCUGGGCUGA